CAACGCGGGGCGAGUCGCGGGGGCUGGCGCUCCGGGUGUGCCACCCGGAUGGGGACAUGUCUAACUCGCCCCGGAAGAGCAGCUGCCAGCCCCGCCCUGCCUGGCCACCUGGGCAGACACAAGGGCCGCCAUGCCUCUGCCUUUGGAACCAGCUCUGAGUGAGCUUGUGGUGCGCAAGGAAGAGGAGUGGCGGGCACUACAGGCCCAGCAGAGCCAGCUGCAGGCGGCCGCGCUGCAGGAGGCACAGGGGCGGCUGCAGGAGGUGCAGGGCGAGCUGCGGUGCCUGCGGGAGGACUUUGUGUACAACCUGAAGCUGCUGGAGGAGCGAGACCACGAGCUGGACCGCUAUGAUGCAGCCUUCGCCCAGGCUCGCCAGCUGGAGGGCGCACGGCAGGCCGAGCUGAGCGAGCUCAAGAUCCAGGUGGCCAAGCUGCGGCAGGCGCUGUCCAGGGAGACCCAGAAGGUGGAGGACUUGAAGCAGCAGCAGCAGCGGACAUGGCAGGAGCACCGCCUGCAGCUGGAACGGCUGCACAGUGACAAGAACAGCGUGAUGGACCAGCAGCGGGAACAAUACGCCAGGCUGAAGUGGAAGCUAGAGAAGAAGUUGCAGGAGCUGGACAACGAGCUGGUGCUGCAGAAGCAGGAACUGCUGCUGGACUUCGAAUCGGAGCUGCAGAGGAGGGAGCAUGAGUUCCACCUGAGGGCGGACAACAUGAAGCAGACGGUUUUGGCCAAUGAGCUCAAGGUGCGCGUGCUGAGCCAGGAGCUGCAGGCUAUGAAGCAAGCAGGUCAGCGGGCCACAGAGUCACUGCGGGACGUGGAGGCGGCACGCACAGAACUGCAGGAUGAGCUGCAACGGAGGGACUGGGCCAUCCGGGAUGUCACCGCUGUCAAGGAUGCCCGGAUCAAAGACCUGGAGGAACAGCUGCACACAGCGCAGCUUACCAAGAGGAAGGAGGAGGAGGCUUUUCAGAGGAAGCAUGAUGAGCUGGACCGUCUGGCCCGGGAGAGGGACGCAGCACUGGUGGCGGUGAAGGAAGCCCACGUGGAACAGCUGCGGGUGCUGGAAGCCCGAAUCCGGGAGCUCGAAGUGCAGUGCCAGACGCUGGAGCGGCAACUGCGCAGGGCUGAGUGGGAGCGGGAGGACGCUGCCCAGGAGAAGGACGCGCUCAUUGACAAACUCCGCGAGGAUGCUGCCAACCUGAAGCUCGGCUGGGACACGCAGAUGGCCCAGCUCUCCCAGGAGGCCGUCACCAAGGAUGUGCGGCUGCAGGCGCUGCAGGAGGAGGAGGUGAAGCUCAAGGCCCAGCUGGCUGGGUGCCAGCGGGAUGUGGACAGGUACCGGCAGCAGCUGGCGCAGGCGGUGGGCAGGGAGCAGAGUCUGCAGCGCGACAAAACCCAGGUCGAGCUGGACUGGCAGCGGCGCUGUGAUGACGUGGAGCGGGAGCUGCACCGACGCGCCGAGGACCUGGUGCAGGGACUGACCACAGCCCGGGAGCAGGUUGCUGCCCGGCUGCAGGAGGCAGAGCGGCUGCUGUGUGAGCGGGAGGCCGUAGUGAAGGCCGUGAGCCUGGAGCGAGACCAGGCCCUGCAGGCCCUGAGAGCACAGAGCUGCGCCUCCCUCUUGGACAGCGAGAAGGACGUGCAGGUGCCCCUCAGAACCCAGGGUGCAGACAACGCGGAGUUCCCCUCCUCCGAGAUCCAGCGUCUGCAGGAGCACAACACCAGCUUGCGGGGAGCCAUCUCCCAGAUGAGGCAGGAGAUGGAGGCACUGAGCAGCCACCUGGGCACACAGGCCCCCCGGCCGGCCACCCCCCCGCCCGAUUACGUGCUGGGCCUGGAAACAGAAAUCGAAAGUCUGAAGAGUAAAUUCCAGCGCCUCGAAGCGCAGCUAAAAGGUGUGGCCGACUCUCCCAAGGUGCUGGCUGCCACGGCCCCGGAAACCUGUGCUGCUGCUGGCUCUGUGGACACUCCACGCUCCACUGGGGCCCGGCUGUGCCCACAUGUCCUGCUUGCGUCCAGCGGCCUCUGUUGUGUGGCCAGUCUGGGCCUCAGACUGCAGACGGCCUCUUCACCCACAUGUUCCCACGGGCUCCUGGGCCUCAGCUUUUUCUACUGGAUAGUGCCCUCCCAUGCCGUGGACUGUGGACUGGACCCUGAGCCCCUCUGUGCUGUGAACUGUGGACUGGACUACGUGCCCUCCCGUGCCAUGGACUGUGGACUGGACCCUGAGCCCCUCUGUGCUGUGGACUGUGGACUGGACCGCGUGCCCUCCCGUGCCAUGGACUGUGGACUGGACCCUGAGCCCCUCUGUGCUAUGGACUGUGGGCUGGACCAUGUGCUGUACCGUGCUGUGGACUGUGGACUGGACCGCGUGCCCUCCCGUGCCAUGGACUGUGGACUGGACCCUGAGCCCCUCUGUGCUAUGGACUGUGGGCUGGACCAUGUGCUGUACCGUGCUGUGGACUGUGGACUGGACCCUGAGCCCCUCUGUGCCAUAGACUGUGGACUGGACCGCGUGCCUUCCCAUACCGUGGGCUGUGGACUGGACCGUGCGCCCUCUUGUGCUGUGCGCUAUGAACUGGACCAUUCUGCAGGAGCCAGGCCUACGGGCGGCAGCGUGGGACUGGCAUUGAGGAGCCUGGGAGAGAGGGCACAGCUCCUGAGCUUCCUGGUGACCCAGCUCAGACAGAAGGUGCUUCAAGAACCCCCAGACCUGGACGCCAUCCGCUGUGAGCUGCCCCGCCGGGUGGACCAGGUGCACCUGGAGGUGCGGGAGCUGCAGGGGCAGGUGGCCGAGCUGGAGAAGCACCUGGGAACCAGCAGCGAGGAAGACCGCAGUGUUCCCAGCAGGCAGCAGCUAGUCCCCAGGAAAGAGGACUCUUGUGAGGGGCAGAGGACCCCGGUCCGCGAGGUGCAGGGCCAGCAGUCCCUGCCGCCCUCGGGGAUGCUCCGGCUCCAGCAGAGGCUGAAGGAGGCCGCCAGGAGGAUUCAGCGGCUCCGUCUGGAGAAGGAACAGCUUCUGGAGCUGGGGAACAGACUCCGGUCCCAGCAGGGCCGGCCUCCAGGAACACGUCGCCGCCCCCCCUGCUGCAGC